GGAAAGCCUAUGCAAUUUCUCUGUGCUAUAUUCUCUGAAAAUCUUCCAUUAAAAUCCUACUGUAAAACCCAAUAUUGCAUUUCCGAUUUUCCGGCAUGGAUAGCGAUACAAACUGGUCGGAGAAGGUCGAGGAUCUCGUCGAUGCCGGAGAAAUCAAUGAAGCCAUAUCUUUGUUAGAAGAAUUAGUCGCAAAGCUAGAAUAUGAGUCCCAAAACUCGUCAAAUUCCCAGCUUCGUCUAUCUACUGCUCUACUGGAAUUAUCGAAGCUCUACUCCACUCAAGGCUUAUCUUUGCGAGCUGACCAGACGCGCUCUAAGGCAUUUCUCAUUAAACAGCAGCAAGAAAAUAGGGAUGUAAAUGCUACUAAGGAGUCAACUGGUGAUGGCAUUUCAGGUAGUCGGGUUUCACAAAGUGAUAACAAGGAUCACGCCAGCUUGCAAAUUGAUACCUCACAGAAUGAUGAAGAUGAUGAUUGGGAAGCUAUUGCUGAUCGUGCUCCAGAUGAAUUACUUUCCCCACAACACUUGCCAGAAGUGUCUAAAAUUUCUUUGCAAGAUUCGAAAGUUCAAGCCCCCAAGCGACGUGGAAGGGGUACAUUCUCCUAUCAGAAGCAGAGUCUCUACAGCGAUCAGCAGUCUGAUGAGCCUGCCGUUGAUGACAUUGAAGAUGAAACUGUUUCCGGUACUCCAGAAGGGAGCUCAGAUACAAAAAAUUUGAACUAUGGAACGCGCCACGUCUUGGUUCUGGCUGAUUUCCCGCCGAGCACUAAAACAAAUGACCUAGAGAAACUGUUGGAGAAAUUUAAAGACGAUGUAGCAAUUCGCUGGGUCAAUGAUACAGUUGCACUUGCAGUGUUCAGAACACCAGCCCUUGCAUUAGAGGCCAGCAACUCGAUACAUUGUCCAUUUACAGUGAGGGUAUUGUGUGAGGAGGAUGAACUUUUGAGCUCAAUUCCACCAAGAGAUCUGGAGCCUCCUCGUAGAAGACCUCAGACAUCAGCUAGAACCGCCCAGAGGCUGAUUGCUCAAAGUAUGGGUAUAAAGUUGCCUUGUACGGACUUUGGGUCCAGAGAAUAUAGGAGACAGGAGGAAGCCAGGAAGAACCGGAUAGUUUCAAGACAAAACUUGAAGAAUGAUGCUUGGGGUGAUGAUGACAACUAAAAUUCAUAUGUUCAAGCUCUCUAAAUAUUUCAUUUGUUCUUCAGUAAGCAACUAUGUAUUAACCAGCCUUACUUUUUGAGUUCUGCAUAUCUUGAACAUAUGAUUCACACUCAUGCUUGUAUAGCUACAGAAAUGAGCCAAACCAUUUUUAAUUCUCCAGUUU